AAGAAGAAGAAGAAGAUGGAAAAGAAGAGGCGUUUCAGGACAAAGAGUAGACAUCAUCUUCAUCAUCCUAUGGGAGGACGAGCUUCAAUACCACUUUUUGACAAUUCUUGGAUGCACGUUUCCUGGGGCAGAGAACAUGAGAUACAUCUGCAUCAUGUGGACAAUUUUCAACCAGUGAAUGGAGUCAGACACAUCAGAGUUCUGCUGUAUGGACCGGUCGGUGCCGGGAAGUCCAGCUUCAUCACCUCUGUCAGUAAUGCUUUGCGAAGGAGAGUGACCUGUGAAGCUCUGGCCAGUGCUGCUAACAGUUCCGGCCAAAGUUUUUCCAAGAAGUAUUUAACUCAUAGAAUCCGAAAAGGAGGCAAAGGAAACUAUCACUGCCUUGUGUUGAAUGACACCAUGGGCCUGGAGGAAGGACAUGGAAGAGGAAUCCACACUCACGACAUCAAGCUGGCUAUGAUGGGGCACGUCAAGGAGGGCUACAAGUUUAAUCCGCUGGCUCCACUGUCUAAUUGGGAUCCCGGCUACAACUCAUCCCCAUCUCUAAAUGACAGAGUCCAUGUUAUGGUUUGUGUUCAUAAUGCGAAUGCACCAGAAAUUAAGUCCUCCAUUUUACUGAAACUGAGGGAGAUCGGAGACGCUGCCCAGAAAUUGGGUGUUCCUCAACUGGCUGUUCUCACAAACAUUGACGAGGCGUGUGAUGAUACCAAGAUACAUUUAAGAAAUGUCUACAGGAGCAAGAAUUUAAAGAAAAAAAUUUCUGAGUUACAUUCAAGCUUGGGGAUUCCAGAAAGCCACAUCCUUCCUGUGAAGAACUAUAGUCACGAAAUCCAAACAUGUUCAGAUGUUGAUACUUUGAUCCUGAGAGCGGUGAGACGGAUGAUUGAUUUGGGACAUGACUUCACGGACAAAGAGCUGAGAUGAGUUGGAGUCUGAGGAAGUAACAAGCGUGGACAACAAAGCCGCUUAUCUUCAAGUAACACAGGAAAAGACUACUGUUGUAUUGAAGUUGUGCUAAGAGGAGUUGGACUGUCCAUGAAGCUAUUCAAGUCUGAAAGAGCAUCUCAAUGCUGAACAUGAGCACCGACGUCCACAACACUGAUAUCAGCAUCCAUAUUUCUAAAGAAGUAUUUUUUUCAAAUAAGUUACAUGAAUGAUCAGUUGUUCCUGAUGCACUUAAAAGAUGAAUGGUACUUUAGCAAUAACCUAAGUAACAUAUUAGAACAAUAUAUAGCAUUGUUGUUGAGUCUAAAUAUCUAUUUAUUAAAUAAUUAAUAACAGAAAGAGUUUCUGAAUAGAAAAUGAUGCUUAUCAGUAUAUAGUUUUUCAUUAAAAUGCAAUUAGUUACAGACCUUAUAAUUAUCUCUAUUAAAAAUUAUGACAGCGUAUAAAAGCCACAGUAGAUGAGAAAAAAAACCCAGACAUUUUGAGAUUAAUCUCAGAAUCUUCCUGGAAAAACAAGAAAAUUUCAGUUCGAAAUAUCCAAUAUUUUCCACAAUGAUGAAAUUUUUGAAAAAAAGGAAAGAAAUGUAUUUAAUUAUUUACACCUUUAUUUAACUAGGAAACGGAGUACAAUUUACCUUCAUUCAAAGUAGACAAAAGCUGAGAAUAUACUGAUGUUGAAACGCCUACAGCUACAUGCAUCGCAUCAAAACAGCAACAUAGCCACCAAAGCAAUAAUUGAAAACCAGAAGAUAUUAGACUACUUAUUAAUACAAUUCUAUUAUUGAACAGUCAAAGCAUAUAUAAGUGGAUGUUUGUUACAUGUCUUAAAAUCCGUUGCAGUUCUGUCUAUUUUAACUCAUUUCCAUUUUUUAUACACAGAACGUGUCUGAAGGCCCUUCACAAAAAAACAUCAACACAAUCCAACACACCCAUACAGAUCAGUGAGAAAAGCCUGUAUAGAUUAAAGACAAUGGGUAUUUAAAUUUAACUUUGUUUGCACAUUUAAACCAGAAAAAUUCAGAAAUGACUGAACAAAUUACAUGAACACAGUUUAAUGGAACAUUCAUGAUUUUUGGACUUUAGAAGAAAGUCUUGGUACCUGGAGAGAAACAUGCUAACUCUAGGAUUUGAACCCCAAACCUUCUUGUUCCGUACAUGUUUCCAUUUGUACAAACAGGAACUCAGACAUUAACCCUGAACAAUAUUACUUUCUGAUUUAAUUGGUUCCGUUUGUUGAUUUUCUUUCACCUUCAAAAAGUACAACAACACCGACAACAACACAAAUACAAAAGUAACCUAAGCAGAGGGUUAGUUCCACUUGGUUGAAAAUACGUUUGCAUUUGAUAGACUGCAUCUGCGUUUUUAGAACAGGUUAGUAACCCUGACACACUUUCAUGGAAGAGGACAUGAACUUCUAAGUCGACGUUCGGAUAGACUUCUGACCAGCUCCUCCCAGCGGUGGAGUAAUCUGGAUCUCGGGUGUGGUGCAUCAGUACCAGGAUGACUUUUUUAUGGACUGUACAAAAGCAGAAAAAAAUAUGACUAGUUCAGUCUGUAUCUACACACCAUGAUGUUUCAGUCCAAAUAUUUAACACUACAAAUGUCUAACAGAUUGCUACCACAGAUACAAAAAUGUAAAAAUUUAACCUCAAACAUCUUUUUAUCAACAGAAAACAUGUUGGACUUUUUCUAAACUUGUUGAACAAGUCCAACAAGUUUAAAAUUGGCACACACAAGUUAGGCACAUUUUAGGAAUACAAUUCACCUUCGUUCAAUAUGUGCCUAAUUAUGGUCUAGGCACAUUUGGCCUAAACCAUGUUUGGUUAUAUUGCAGCAGUUACUGGGAGUGGACUAUUUAUAUUUCCCAGGAUGCUUAGGGGCAUCCUGUUUGUGUCCUGGGUUGCAACGUGGAUGAGAUGGAAGUGUAAUACUUUGAUUUGUCUCUUAUGUUAUGAAAGCAAAUAUUGACUUUAAUGGAACUGUCAUUUUGCAAUGUGUGAAGAUAAUGUGUUUUAACGUUACUUCAUCUCUUUUCAAAAUAAAUGUUACUCAGCAAAAUUCAGCAUAGUGUUUAGUAAAAUCCAUUAUCAGAUCAAUUAUUUUGUUCAUGUAAGUUGAACCAAGAAUUAAAAUUCCAUGAACUUAAAAUGAUUCAAAUAAUUUUAGUGAAAAUAAUCCAAAAAUGUGUUUUUGUUCAACUAGGUGAAGGCAGUUUUCUUGCAUUUAUGAUGUGGAAUAACUGUUUUAAAUUAUCUAUCAACUUGAACUUUAAUUUCUGACUUAAAUCAAAAACAGUUUUCCAGUUGAAUUUAUUUAAAUUUUCAACGCAGCAAGUGAACUUUCAUUUUCAAGUUAUGCCACCUUCAAAUGUUUUACAGUGAUGUAAAACAACAGAUUUCCUUUGACUUUCCUUUACUUAGCUGAAAUGUUCACAAAACCAUUUCAGCUAUGUUUGCUAAAUUGUGCUUUAACCAUGGUAAGUAUUUUAUAGAUACAAUAAAUUAGUGUCUGCUGUUGUGGUUACAGCUUCUGAAGAGGACAGUGAUAAUUCUGACAGUGCAAAUUGUCAUAGCUUUGAUACCAACUGUAGGAAAUUGGAGAACUGUAGUACUUCUGAUUUCAGUGUCUCUUUUGAGAAAAUCCGUAGAGUAACUUUCUAUGGUUUGAUCUGUAAUCUUAUAGACAUUCAUUGCUAAUAAAAGUGAUUUGAUGUCA